AUGGAGAUCUUCAUUCUAGAAGCCGAAGCAUGGUUUAAGUUCAACCAGGUGUAUGAGCAGACUAGGAUGAUCAACCACAUGGGUGCUCAACUGGAAGGGACAGCAAGAGAGUGGUGGACCUCCAAGCUCCAUAUUGAUAGAGCUAGAGAAGGAAGGUUGUUCAAUGAUUGGCACUACUUCACAGAGCGACUGUCAGAACAGUUCAACCCAUGCAAUGCUAGGAUGGAGGCAUACAACAAGCUGUUGGCUCUCAGACUCACAAGUGAUGCUCCUGGUGCUGCCACACGUCAUGUAGAGUGGUUCAGAGACUUGGAGGGACAGGUCAACCUAGAUGACAACGAGCUAGUAAUUGAUCUCUUCAGAGGAAGUCUCACUCGCAGCAUACAGGAGAAGUUCGAGAGGAAUCCACCUGGGAAGAGAUGGGAGUGGUACCGAGAGGUUGAGGAGAUUGAUCGACAGAGGAUGCUACUACAGCAGUCCUUGGCUAGACACUCACUCCCAAAUGCCAUGUCACCUCCACUAAGAACUGGGUCUCGGCCAAAUCAAAGUUCGAUCCCCAUCCGACAACCCACUCAACCUUAUCCAGCUCAAUCACCAUCACAAGCAACUACACAAGCAACUAUACAAAACCUAAACCGACCCCUUCCUCAUCAUCCCACCCAACCCUCGAAGCAAGGAAGCCCUGCUCCAUCAGGUAUCAACACCUGUCAUGUUAUGGUCACCACAGCAGACCCCUUUGAGGAGGCCACCGACUCAGGAGAUGGCCACACAGGCAGUACUGAGACAGGUGACCCCGAGGCCAUGGACCUCAGCUCAUACCAGCAACCCAUGGACCUCGACCAUGAGGAGGAGGAGCAUGAUGAUGAUGAUGACGAUGAGGGAAAUUCUCAGAUUCUUUCAUUAGUAUCUAUUGGUACACACAAUCUGGGUGUGGUCAAAGCUUCAGUGGCCGACACUGCGGACUAUGACCUCAUCCUGGGAUUCACUGAGCUACGGAGGCUCAAACCCACCAUACAAUGGGAUACGGGCCAGCUGGAGUUCAAGACUCAGGAGCAGGACCGACCCCCAAGGAGACCCCCUGAGGCAGCAAGAGCAGGGGACCUAACCAUGAGGAGACCAACCCUUCAUGGUAACGAGUUUGUCUCAGCAGAGCACAUACUACGAGCAGCUCUGGAAGAUGGACCCAUAGGGUUCAUGCUGUUGGAGGAGCCACCAUCAUCACUCCCAGCCUUUGGUUUUGUACCUACAGGUGCAGACAAAGGAGUCGAGAUGGAGGUGGAGGUAGACAAGGUGGUGACAGCUGCAGACAUACCAAAGCCAUACCAACACCUGCAAGAUGUGUUUGAUGAGGUGGAAGCAGACAAGCUGCCCCAUCAUACCGAGCAUGAUCUCCACCUCGAGUUGAUAGAAGGAGGGAAGCCACCUCAAGGGCCCCUAUACCUUAAGGGACCCAAGGAGAUGUCCGAGUUGAGGAGAUACUUGGAUGAGAACCUCGAGAAGGGAGGUCUCAAUGAGAUCACUGUCAAGAACAGGGCACCAUUGCCCCUCAUCGAGGAGCAGCUGUUCUUACUCAGGAAGGCAAGGAUCUAUACCAAGCUAGACCUUAGAGCAGCAUACAACCUCAUCUGGAUUGCUAAAGGGGAUGAAUGGAAGACAGCUUUUGGCACCCAGUUGGGACUCUAUGAGUACCUAGUGAUGCCCUUUGGCCUAGCCAAUGCUCCAGCUCACUUCCAGUCAUUCAUCAAUGACAUCUUCCGAGACAUCAUUGGAGUAUAUGUAGUGGUAUACUUAGAUGACUUCCUGAUCUUCAGUGACACUGAGGAGGUACAUGUGAAGCAUGUCACCGAGGUCCUCACUCACUUAAGGAGCAACAGGCUCUUUGCUAAGCUGUCGAAGUGUGAGUUCCACACCAAGACAGUCAAGUUCCUGGGGUACAUCAUCAAGCCAACAGGCAUAGAGAUGGACCCAGAAAAGGUGUGCACUGUCAAGGAGUGGCCAAUGCCAGAGUCAAUCCAUGACAUCCAGAGGUUCCUGGGUUUUGCCAACUUCUAUCGAAGGUUCAUAGCCCACUUUGCUCACAUAGCCAAGCCCUUGACAGCACUGGUAAAGCCUAUGGAACGGUUCAAGAAGUUCGAGCUACCAGAGGAGGCCCAACAGGCCUUCCACAAGCUUAUCCAGGCAUUCACAUCAGCAGGAGUGCUUCAGCACUUUGACUACCACCUUCCAACAAGGUUGGAGACCGAUGCAAGUGACUUUGCUAUAGCAGGAGUACUCAAGCAGGAGCAUGAAGGACGAUGGCAUCCAGUGGCCUUCUACUCUAGGAAGAUGUCUUCUGCCAAGAAGAACUAUGAAAUCCAUGACAAGGAGCUCCUAGCUGUGGUUGCCUGCCUUACUCAGUGCCAACUGGUCAUCCUCACUGACCAUGAAGCCCUCAAGUACUUCAAGUCACAGAGACGCAUCACAGGUCAACAGGCUCAAUGGGCAAUACUACUAGCAGACUUCGACUUCAUAUUGCAGUAUCGACCAGGAGACAAAGGUGGUGAACCCGAUGCUCUCACCAGAAGGACAGACAUGCAACCAGCUGGUGAAGAGCAGGAUCACAAUGUGAGGCAACUACUGCCUCCUCGAGUGUUCAAGGAGACAGCAGACCAUGACUCGCUCCUAGUGGCCCCCAUGAUCUCGAUGGAGUCCAUAGCAUCAAAAGGUCUCAGAGACCUGGUCAAGAUCUUCCAGCCCUUAGACCAAGAGCUACAGGAGAUACAUAGGAAGAAGCCCUUCGAGGUCAGGGACGACCUACGGUACAGUGGAGGAAGGUUGGUUAUCCCCAAAGUGAUCAUGCCAGGGAGGACCAACCACCGACACUCAAGGAGUGCCAAAGAGGUAGAUGGACAGUCUCUCUCUGUAGAGCAUCUGCGAUUCAUGGUGAUGACCCAAUGCCAUGAUGGUAUUACUGCUGGACAUGUAGGAAGAGAUGCUACCAUCAAGGCAGCUCAACGACAUUACUGGUGGCCAAACAUGACAGCUUGGAUUGCAGACUAUGUAGCAAGUUGUCCUGUAUGUGCUAGGUACAAAGCUCCUCGUCAUCGUCCAUAUGGUUUGCUACAGCCACUAGCAACCCCAGACAGGCCCUGGGGCUCCAUAUCCCUCGACUUCAUCAAAGGACUACCACCAUCAAAGAAGUAUGACUCCAAGACCUAUGACUCUAUCUUAGUCAUUGUCGACAGGUUAACCAAGUUUGCCAUACUAGCUCCAACCCAUAAGACAGUCACAGCCAAACAGACUGCAGUAUUGCUAUAUGGACACAUGGUUAGACUCUUUGGAUAUCCAGAUCACAUGGUAUUGGACCAAGGCAGGCAGUUCAUAUCAGGAGCAUGGAAGGCAUUUGCAGAGCAAAUGGGUGUGAAGCACUCACUUAGCACAGCUUACCAUCCUCAAACCGAUGGUCAGACAGAGAGGGUCAAUCAGGUCAUAGAGCAAUACCUCAGGAUGUACUGCAACUAUGAGCAGGAUGACUGGGUCAACCUGCUGGACACUGCAGCCUUUGUGUACAACAACACAGUCCACAACAGCAUUGGAGUCAAUGAUCCAGGUCGCUUCGAGUACCUCAUGGAUGGAAAGGAGCGUUGCAAGUACCUCCAGGAGCAGAUCAGAGAGGCACAACGGAGAUCAGUAGACCAGUAUAACAGGAAGCACAAGGACAUCGAGUUUAAGGUGGGUGAUAUGGUCUAUAUCAACCAUCGAAACUGGAAGACACGGAGACCCACACCCAAGUUAGAUACCCAGUUUGCAGGGCCCUACCCAGUUCAGGAAUGGGUAGGACGCCGAGCUUAUCGAAUCACAUUGCCAGCAAACCUUAGGGUGCAUGAUGUGUUCCAUGUCUCCAUGCUCGAGCCAGCAAGAACAAGUUCUCUUCCUCAACGUGCUGAACAGCCCACCAUACCAUCACUUCCAGAUGAGGACCUCGACUUCGAAGUCGAAGCACUCAUCGACAAGCAUUCACACAAUGGGACUACAGAGUACAAGGUGUUGUGGAGAGGGUACUCAGAGGAAGCUGCUUCAUGGGAACCAGUAGAGAACCUCAACUGUCCCGACCUCAUCCAGGAGUAUGAGGUGUCGGAGGGGGGAUGA